UGGCAGAUGAAUAAAAUGUCAUUGUCAAAAAAUCGCAAACUCAGAAUCAGAAGCGUUUGUAGUCAUUUUUUGCUGGCAAGAAUUUUAAUUCUUAAUACUUCUUAAUAUCAGAUUUUCUUUAUGAGAUCUGCUUUACUUGGAUUUUUGUGUAAUCGAUCAAAUUAUCGUCUUCUGGAAAAUUUUCACAUUAACUAAAUAGUGUUUCCCAAUAAAAGAAUAUGGCAGACAGUGCUGGAGAAUGGUGUUUAAUUGAAAGUGAUCCUGGUGUAUUCAGUGAGCUGAUCCGAGAAUUCGGCGUUGAAGGAGUUCAGGUGGAAGAAUUGUGGAGUUUGGAUGAAGAACAUUUCAAGAACUUGGAACCCGUCCACGGAUUGAUCUUUCUUUUUAAGUGGGUCAAAGAUGACGAGCCAGCGGGAUCGAUCGUUCAAGAUAGUCGUCUGGAGAAAAUUUUCUUUGCCAAACAGGUAAUCAAUAAUGCUUGCGCGACUCAAGCGAUUCUCAGCAUUUUGCUAAACUCCAAGCACUCGGACAUUCAACUCGGUUCGACGUUAUCCGACUUCAAAGAAUUUUGUAUUUCGUUUGAUGCGUACAGCAGAGGAUUAGCCUUAAGCAAUGCAUCGCAGAUUAGAACGGUGCAUAAUUCGUUUGCCCGUCAGACGUUAUUUGAGAUGGAUAACAAGCAUACUAACAAAGACGAAGACGUUUUUCAUUUUGUCGGUUACGUACCGGUGGAUGGACGGUUGUACGAAUUGGAUGGUCUUAAGGAAGGUCCGAUUGAUUUGGGAGCCGUUGGCGCUGGUGAAGACUGGAUUAACGUAGUUCGCCCAAUUAUCGAAAAACGCAUUCAGAAGUACAGUGAAGGCGAAAUCCAUUUCAAUUUGAUGGCGAUUGUUUCUGAUCGGCAGCAGAUUUACCAGCGUCAAAUUGAUCAACUGCUGCAGUCCAGCGGAGAUGAUGAGAUGGAAACCGACACUAAGCAGAACGAAAUCACUAGACUGCGCCUCCUUAUUGAAGACGAGAUUGCAAAGCGUAAACGUUAUAGGGUGGAAAACAUUCGCCGAAAGCAUAACUACUUGCCAUUGAUUGUCGAAUUGCUUAAGAUUUUGGCGCAGAACGGGCAACUGAUGCCUCUGUAUGAGAAAGCGAAACAACGGGCAACCGAGCGGGAGUCUGGCAAAGCGGGAACACAGAAAUAAGUUAGCAGUGGAGAGAAACAUGAAUUCUGUUGAAUACUACUGGAGACAUGUAUCCGUAGUUAGUUCUAAGGACGGUAAUAAAGCAAACUUAUUCUGUAGUACCGUGGUA